UCAUGACAACUGCCCACGCAUCAAACGCUCCUCCUCCGCCUUCCCGCCGCCUCGCCCCUGCCAUCCUCUGCCUCUCUCUCUGUCUCCGACCACUCUGUCAUCUCCGUUUCUGCCGAAUUAACAAUGAGCAGGCCGAAGAAGAAGCUCUCGUACAUCUCUGUCCCAUCACAGACAGUCAACUCCCUCUCCCCGUCCUCUCUCCAGUCUCUCCUCAUCUCCCCGAAGAAGCCGAAGAGCCCGAGCAGAACCUUCCCUGGUUGGCUGUGCUUGACCUCUCCUCGGCUAUGGUUCCUGGCCCUCUCCCUAGUCAGCCUCUUCGGCAUGCUCAGGCUCGGGUACAACCUCGACCCCCUAGUCAUUCCUGUCUCCUCGUAUCCCUGUGCCACCGCAACAUGGUCCAAGGUGCAGGGAUUAGUCCCGCGCGAAUUCUCGAAAAGAAAGCUCAGUGCUGGUCUGCAAGGCGGUGUUGAUAGUCAGAAACUGACACUGGACUCUCACGGAUUCUCUGUGACCCAGAAACUGAUCGGGUCAAACGUCCCGGACGGUGACCAUGUAAAGGGUCGACUGGAGGGGCAACUCCACGGCAUUCACGGGCAAUCACAGGCGCUGGCCUCUCACGAAUCCUCCAUGGCCCAUCUCAGCAUUGAGGCGAAGGACCGGGGGACCAAUCUCUGGAAAUGGGACCAGGAACAGGCAUCCAGUGGCAUUGCCGGUCAGUUGCACGCAAAAGUCUCACCUGAAUCCUGGACUCUGCAGAAGCAGUCAAGCAAUGAUGGAGGCUUCGACUCAGAGGGUGAGUUCUGGAAGCAACCCGACGGGAUGGGCUACCGGGGCUGCUUGGAGUUCAGCAAGGAGUACAGGAGACACACCGAGACGAUAUUGAAGGACCGGAGGAAGUAUCUGCUGGUGGUGGCUUCGGGUGGGCUGAACCAGCAGAGGAACCAGAUCGUGGACGCUGUGGUGAUUGCUCGGAUCCUCGGGGCAGCACUCGUUGUGCCCAUUUUGCAAGUCAACCUCAUAUGGGGCGACGAAAGUGAGUUCUCGGACAUUUUCGAUUUGGACCAAUUCAAGAGAGUUCUAGCCGACGAUGUGAGGGUAGUUUCAUCCCUGCCGUCCAAGCACCUGAGGACGAGGCCGCUGGUCGAUAACCUCACCCCCGCUGCCCACAUCUCUCCUGACUGGAUCCGUGCUCGCUACCUUAAGAAGUUGGAGAGAGUUGGAGUGUUGCUGCUAAGGGGUCUGGAUUCAAGGCUGUCCAAGGACCUUCCUUCCGAUCUUCAAAAGCUUCGGUGCAAGGCUGCUUUCCAGGCUUUGAGGUUUGCCCCGGGAAUACAGGAACUCGGGAACAGGCUCGCAGAGAGGAUGCGGAGCAAGGGCCCAUACCUCGCCCUCCAUCUAAGGAUGGAGAAGGAUGUGUGGGUGAGGACAGGAUGCCUUCCCGGGCUGAGCUCCAAGUAUGAUGAGCUGAUUAACAUCGAGCGGCAGAGACACCCAGAGCUCCUCACCGCCAAAUCCAACAUGACCUAUCACGAGCGGAAACUUGCCGGUCUGUGCCCCCUCAAUGCAGCGGAAGUCACCAGGUUGCUAAAGGCUCUCGGGGCCCCAAAGAAUGCAAGGAUAUACUGGGCAGGAGGGCAACCGCUCGGAGGGAAGGAAGCACUGCUCCCAUUGAUCAGGGAGUUCCCGAAUUUCUACAACAAGGAAGACAUCGCACUGCCCGGCGAGUUGAAACCAUUUGCACACCGAGCCUCUGUCAUGGCAGCAAUCGACUAUAUCAUAUGUGAGAAAAGCGACAUCUUCAUGCCCUCCCAUGGAGGUAACAUGGGCCAUGCCCUCCAGGGGCAGAGGGCGUAUGCAGGGCAUAAGAAGUACAUAACACCGAACAAGAGGCAAAUGCUGCCCUACUUCUUGAACGCCCCUAUUCCCGAGUCAGAGUUCAACAGGAUCAUGCGCGAUGUGCACCGGGAUUCACUGGGACAGCCCGAUCUAAAGAUAGGUAAACUCAGAAGAGAUGUCACCAAGUUCCCUAUACCCGAGUGCAUGUGCAACAGUUCAAACGCUGCCCAUUCUUUCUCUUAACCGAAGCUUCUGAAAGGAUUACCGAGAAAGAUGGUCCACCGAAAUUGAAGACCACAGAUUGGAUAUUCCAACGGAUACCACGUCCAGAACAAGUGAGUCCCAAACGGUAUUAUCGAGGCACUAAUGGGGAGAGUUUUGCCCCGGAGAUCAGGAACAGCACAUAAUACGACCUCAGAUUUUUUCAUUCUUUAUUUAAUAACUAUCAAGAUAAGUACAAAUUAUAUCGAUGUAAAAUUAUAUUAACAGGAUUAGCAGAUACAUGUAUUUUCUUCUCUCCUCUUCGGUUUUUGUAUAGAAGAUACCCAUAUUGAGAUCCAUAUUGAAAGUUGGCAUUUCCUCGAGACCUUUAUU